UAGAAGCCAUAAGGGGGAGGUGCAGUUUCAUACUGACUGGCCAAAUUGCUUAAUCUCCCCUUCCCCCAUCUACUGCCAGAGUCUUGGGGACAACCAGGUUCCCUCUGCUUCACUCACCUUUCUUUUCCUCACCAUGGUCAGGGAAAGCAGUUCGCACUGGAGGCAGAAAUGUAGGUGCCUCUUGCUUGGACUCAUAAUCACCCUAAUCCUUGGGGCUGUUGCAGUCUUUGUUGCUGUGGUCUUUGUCCACAAGAGGGACUCACCCUCUGAACUGCCACAGUGGAAGGGAAGAGGAUCCACAGCCAACUUGAAAGAAAUCAUGCUGGGAAGAUGCUUCAAUUAUGCCAGGAUAAGAAACCCAAAUCUGAGAAUAGAUUGCCUAAAAAUAUGGGAAACCUUUAAAAACGCAUUUAUUUCCAAGAACCCAUGCAACAUUACAGAACAAGAUUAUCAGCCACUAAUGGAGCUGACUACUUAUCCUAUACCUUGUAAUAAGACACUCCUUUGGAGCAAAACCAAUGAGCUGGCUCAUCAGUACACCAAAGUCCAGGGCAAUUUACUCACUUUGGAGGACAUGCUGCCAGGCUACAUGGCUGAUAAACUCAUAUGGUGUGGAAUCCCCUCAAGGCCAGAAAUAAACUAUCAAUCUUGCCCACAAUGGCAUGAGUGUGCCAACAACUCCUACAGAACAUUUUGGAAAACGGCAUCCAAAAGGUUUGCAGAAGCAGCCUGUGGUGUGGUCCAUGUGAUGCUCAACGGGUCAAUCAGCCAAGCCUUUGAAAACAGCAGCAUUUUCGCAAGUUUAGAGGUUCAUCAUCUGAAUCCGAAGAAAGUUCAUUUGAUGAAGAUUUGGGUGAUACACAACAUCGGGGGAGAGCCAAGUGACUCAUGCUCAGGUUCUUCCAUUAAGAAGCUGAAAUCCAUUAUAGAAGGCAAGAACAUUACAUUCUCCUGUGAGGACGACCCCAGGGCUGUUCAAUUCCUUCAGUGUGUAAGAAAUCCUGAGGAACCAGUCUGCAGAGUCUGUAGAACUGAACAAUAAGGAUCUUAGUAGAGUCUGGGCACAUGGCCUGAAAGUCUCCUGUUCUAAAGUCCAUAAUUUUGCAGUGGAGGAGCAAGAGCUUCCAGGGAUCUGAAGCCCCCUGCCACUAAAAGGGAAAGUCUUGCCUAUGUUCUUCAUUUUCCUAUUUCUUUCCCUCCUACCACCAAUUCCUGACCCACAGCUCAUUCAGGACACCAAAGGCCCCUCCAUUAUCUGUGAUAAUUCUGUGGUACCCCAGGACAGAAGGGAGGUAAACAGGGCCUUAGGUGGGAAUUGGAACACGAGGUCCCAGCUUUUUCUCCACUCCAGAACUUUUUAUCAUUACAGUUUGGUAUACGGUUUCCCAUCAGCCUUGUGUCCUUUCUCUCUUGUUUCCUAGGGAGGCAGGAUAGUACAAUAAUAGAAAGAUCUCUUGUUCUGGAGUCCGAGGACCUGGGUUCGAAUCUCACCUCUGAAACUUACUACUUGUGUAACCUUGGGCAAAUGAUUGAACCUCCCCAAGUGUCAGUUUCAUCAUCUGUAAGAUAAGAGAGUUGUACUAGAUAUUCUCAGUGGUUCCUUUGAGCUCAUGAUCCAUGAUCACAUGAAUUCUUCCUCAGCAGAUAGAUUGAAGGUUAGUAAGUUCUGACUACUUGUCAAUGCCCUGCCCCUCCUUAAAUCACCUUAUAUUUACCUAAAAUUCUCUUCCCUUAAUAAAACGAAAGUUCUUUGAGAAUCUUGAGCCCAUGAAAUAUAUAUGCACACACGUGUAUAUAUACAUGUAUAGAUAUAACACGCUUAUACACACAUACAUAUACACACAUACAACAUAUACAUAUGUAUGUGUAUAACAUAUACACAUGCACACAUAU